UUAAAAAAUACUUAACCUCAAACAUCCAAACCAAACCAAAAUAAUUAAUUACUGUAUUAUUAUUAUUAUUUAUCAUUUUUUGUUAAGAUGUUUAUAAAUCUAUUAUCAAUAAACGUUGACUAAUCACACAUUGUAUUCAUAAUUUUAUUUUGAUACCUAAUUGAAGCUUGAAAAUCAAUCUACUGGAUAAAAGUAACUUUCAUUCUCUCAUCAUCUUCAGCUUCUCCACAAGCAGAAUAUUGGGAAAAUUUUGUAAAUAUGCACUCCUUUAUGAAUAUCCACUCAAGGUUUGUGGUUGGCGUAUCAACAUUUGUGGUGGCUUUCAUACUGGUAGCCUUGGUUCAGUACUGGCUGGGACACAUUUCCGAGGUUGAUGCCGAUGGAGAAGGAGGAUGUACCAUGAAUGACACAUUAUCAUCAUUAUCUACCACUGAAGAUGACCGGGAGCCUCAAGAAGUGAUAGAAAUUUCGGAAAUUUUGCCCAAUUGCGGCAUACCGACAGAAUGUCCUCCGGACACUUUUCCGGUGCACAUCUACACCGGCCAGGACAAGGACGACAGACCCAAACUGUGCGUUCUGGGAAAAUAAUGAUUGAGAACGUCUGGUUCAAUUCAUUUGCAUUUGACGGCAGUGUGAUAAGCGGGAACAUGGCGACGAGCGGUGGUGGCGGGGGAGGGCGGGGCCUGAACGUGGCCUUGGUGGAGACGCGACACAUGAGCAUUGUCUCGGUGCAGAACUUCGACCUCUACAGUCAGAACAGCUCGGCGCUCGAGUCCUGGCUGGACGAGCGAGUGAGAGAGCGUGAUAUCAUCAUCGCUUUCACUUUCGACGAGGCCUCCAAGGAGCUCAGCAAGAAGGCCAAGGCCUCGCUCUACAAGCUCGGGAGCGGCAAAAUCCAAGACUUGCAGUUCAGAUCUCAGUGGUACAUGAUCUCACAAAAAGGCAUCAAAGGCUUCACAGCUCUGGAGCGGCUGACCUUCGCCAAGAAUGAUCACUGGGGUGAAGCCAUCGACGAGAGGAUGUGUGUUCCCAAGCAAAUACCUUCAGUGGCCAUCACUCCUGAUCCAUAUCCGAGGAAGAACACCGUUCGGGAGAAAGUAUGCCGUGAAGUGAUUCAACUUCAGUGUACAGACUUUUGUGCAGCUGACAGCCAGCACGAAGUGUUUUCGCCGGCAUUGUUGACGAAUCGCAGCCUGAUUGGUAACCCUGUCUUCUCGAGUCCCAUUGUGGUGGUGGGCUCGCCACAGCUCAGUUCAUUAGUGCUGACGUUGCAAAGUCUCGUUCAUCAGCCUGGCAUACAUGCGCCCAGUGUGCUCGUUGUCUAUGGCCAAGGUCAAACUCAAGAUCAAACUAGUUUCAAAGGUCAAACCAGGUUUCAAGGACAUAUACAAGCUCAAGGCCGCAGCGACUACUCAACAGCAGCUAACUUGUUGAACGGUCAAGGUCAUCCUAAAGGUCAAGCUCAACCCCAAGGUGAUAGGAAGUCUCAAGGUCACAGCGACUAUUCUACAGUCAUCAAUCUGUUCUCCUUUCAGGCAGUGCCUGUCAAUGUUACCUCGGAUGACACUAGGGAUUACAUACGGAAGGGUGUUGAAACUGCGAAAGAGCGUUUUCCAAAUAAGAAAUACGUGAUUGUGAUCGAAGAGGGUGUUAUAGUGUCUCCUGACUUUCUGCACUAUAUGGCACAAAUGGUGUCAGUUUUGGAAAAAGAUACAACAGUUCUGGCUAUUUCCGCAUGGAAUCCGAAUGGUUAUGUAAAUGUGUCGAGUAAUCCGUACUUGGCAUACAGGAGUGAGGACCGCCCUCAAUAUGCUUACAUGGUGCCUUUCAAUGCCUUCUACGCCAAUAAACUCACUCAAAACUGUUCAAAACAAUCUCAUCGCGAAACGUCCAGCAACUCCUCAGAAGCUGUUGAUAUAAUUUAUCCCGAAGUAUCACGGGUGCUAAAAAGACCGUUGGAUAUACUUCUUAGUGGCAAACCAUACGCCUACCAUUUGGACAUUCCACGCUCCACUAACAUAGACCCAGCAGUGUGGAUAGAGAAGCCUGAAUGCAUGAUUAUGGACCGCUAUGUAGAGCAUUUGGAGUCGUUUCUUAAUCAAAGCAGAGAGUUUGUGAUUGCCAAUGAAGAUAUUGCAAGUUGUCCAUCCAACUUUCCCAUUUCAAAUAUCCUAUUCAACGAUAUGAGAAACCACUCGAUCAUUACCAUGUAUUACAAAGAGUCGAACAGUGAUAAUCACACCGUUCUAAGAGCUCUAGCUGGCUGUUUCGGGUUGAGAUUUCCCAGCGACAAUAAUCCAACACCUCCGGGCCUUUUUAGAGGCAUUCUUAGGUUCACAUUCAACAAUAGACAUGUGAUGCUGAUCGAAUCCAAAUCUCAAUUUUAUAAGCCGAAACAAAAUAUCGUUGAAAAUAAAUCCAUGUGAAGAUGAGAUUUCUCCUAUUGUCUCAUGCAAGUACAGUACUACACAAUUAUAAAUAACUUGAUAUUUUAAAGUUUCUGAUGAGAAUUGAAAAUAGUGUGAUAUCUCGUUUUUUAUUUUUCAAUGAAUCCUACAAAUUCUUGAUUUCUGGUAUAAAAAUAUUAUUGAACUGGACAUUUUUUAGAUUGUGUGAAAGUGGAUACCUAAUCUUAUUUCGGACUAUUUUAUUCUUUACAAAUUUGGGUGAGAAAUAUUUCAAUGUCCACCUUCCUUCUCUCCCAAUGAUUCCAAUGAUAAUUGUACAAUAAUGAAAAAUAACUAAAUAAAUCAUCGUUUUUUAUAAAUAUUGUGUAUUUUUGUUAGCUUCAAUAGACUAACAAAUU